UUUUCUACAGCAAAAAUUACUCUGUAUCUAAAUCCGUUAGGGCCCUAUACUUGAACGUGAGCUGCCCAUUGGCAACUAGCUAAGACUAUUAAUUAAUAAAGGUAACGGAACAAGUAAACUGCCCAUAACUGUUUUUGAUCUGAAUUAAAAGCUUUGACACAUCCUCUUCCCCAGGUCUCUCUGCCACUUCUGAUUCACCUCUCGGCUUGUGGUGCUGUCACUGCUCCCCACCCCCCAGCUCACCAACCCUAAACAUUUUUUAACACCUUAAGGUUCUUACUUUGGUAUCCUGGAUUCAUGGCUCUGGGAGAAAACUUUUUUUUUUCAAUGAUCAAGGAAAUAAGGUUGAAUUAGAGAGAUCCUUAGUGAGGUUCCUGAGGAAAACAGUGCCCUGCUGUAAGCCGUUUCUUGGCUCUGCCAUUGGCAGGUUGUGUUUCACUACCAACUAUUGUACAUUUCCGCAUCUCAGUAGGCUAAUGUAGCCAAAUUUGACAAUCAGAUGAUUGCUAGAGACCCAAUGCUUUAAACAACAACAAAAGUACCUCUUUUGCGAGAUUUCAACUGCGUAGGGACAGUUAUUGGGAAGAAAAAGUCCUAUUUAGACUCUGCAUUCCUAUCUACCGGAGCUGGAGUAACAAGAGUAUGCCUUCUUGCGUGGUAUCCACGUGACUUUGUGGAUUAUCCAGCUUGUAGUCUUCUCCCUCCCAUGUGGAGGCCAGCUGUCUUUAGCCACUUCACAGCUCAUUAGCAGCCCAAGUAGAAGCCUGGGAGAGGAAAUAGAUGAGAUGAAGCUUAAAUAUGUCACAUUGGUUAUUUCUUAGCAACUCUGAUAAAAGCCUUAGCAGGAUGAGGUUAAAACUGGAUUGAAGAGGUCUGGGGAUUGUCUGUGACUUUAACUUAUGUACGUUACCUUCCUCCUUUCCCUGCUUCCUUUUUACUAGCGGUUAAGUGUGAGUUGGUUACCAAUAUUAAUGAGGCCAGUAUGAAAAUUCUUUAUGAUCCUAUAGGUCUUUGAAAAAAUUAUGUUAUCACUUACAGGAAAAUCAAAAUGAAAUAAAACCUACUAUGCUCUGGAUGUUAUUUUUCCUAGUCAACAUUGGGAAGUUCUUCAGCUGGUCUUGACGACGAGUGGGUAAUUAUAGUAAAAGAUUUACUAAAGUUAGUGGAUCCAUCUUAACACCUAUGCUUUGGAUUCUGCAGGUGGGAAUUUGAUGCUUGCAAGUGGCUUCUGGGUACAGGUCCCCAGUCCAGAUUUGUUCUGCAAAUCCACCAUGAGCCAGGUCCCCUCCUUGGAGAGGAAGGUCCAGAGAUUCUGCAUUGAGAAGAUAAAUUCACUAUACUACGUGACACGGCUGGCACCAGAACUCUGGGAAGCCUUGUGACAGGACCUAGCCUGUGCAAUCUCACAUGUGAUUUGCCGUUCUUCCUGGAAGGUCCACUCUGUGGCUUUUCUCUGGAAUCUAUGAAGAAAAUGUUCCUCAGCCUAGCCUAGAAACAGGUCCUACAGGUAUGGAUCUCUGGCAGCUGCUGUUGACCUUGGCAGUGGCAGGAUCAAGCAGUGCUUUCUCUGGGAGUGAAGCCACACCAGCUAUCCUUGGCAGAGCAUCCCAGAGUCUGCAAAGAGUUAAUCCAGGCCUAGGGACAAAUUCUUCUGGGAAGCCUAAGUUCACCAAGUGCCGUUCACCUGAACUAGAGACUUUUUCGUGCCACUGGACAGAUGGGGUUCGUCGUGGCUUCAAGAGCCCAGGAUCCACACAGCUGUUCUAUAUUAGAAGGAGCACUCAAGAGUGGACUCAAGAGUGGAAAGAAUGCCCCGAUUAUGUCUCUGCUGGAGAAAACAGCUGUUACUUUAAUUCAUCUUAUACCUCCAUUUGGAUACCCUACUGUAUCAAGCUAACCAGCAAUGGUGGUACAGUGGAUCAAAAGUGUUUCUCUGUUGAGGAAAUAGUGCAACCAGAUCCACCCAUUGGCCUCAACUGGACUCUACUGAACAUCAGUUUAACGGGGAUUCAUGCCGAUAUCCAGGUGAGGUGGGAACCACCGCCCAAUGCAGACGUUCAGAAGGGAUGGAUAGUCCUGGAGUAUGAACUGCAAUACAAAGAAGUAAAUGAGUCCCAGUGGAAAACGAUGGACCCUGUAUUGUCAACAUCAGUUCCAGUUUAUUCACUGAGACUAGAUAAAGAAUAUGAAGUGCGUGUGAGAUCCAGACAACGAAACUCUGAAAAAUAUGGCGAGUUCAGUGAGGUGCUCUAUGUAACACUUCCUCAAAUGAGCCCAUUUGCAUGUGAAGAAGAUUUCCAGUUUCCAUGGUUCUUAAUUACUAUCUUUGGAAUAUUUGGGCUAACGAUGAUACUAUUUUUAUUCAUAUUUUCUAAACAGCAAAGGAUUAAGAUGCUGAUUCUUCCCCCAGUUCCAGUUCCAAAGAUUAAAGGAAUUGAUCCAGAUCUCCUCAAGGAAGGAAAAUUAGAAGAGGUGAACACAAUCUUAGCCAUUCAUGACAACUAUAAACCUGAAUUCUACAACGAUGACUCUUGGGUUGAAUUCAUUGAGCUGGAUAUUGAUGACCCCGAUGAAAAGACUGAAGGCUCCGACACAGACAGACUUCUAAGCAAUGACCAUGAGAAAUCACUUAACAUCCUUGGAGCAAAGGAUGAUGACUCUGGACGUACCAGCUGUUAUGAACCUGACAUUUUAGAGACUGAUUUCAAUGCCAGUGACGUGUGUGAUGGUACCUCAGAGGUUGCUCAGCCACAGAGGUUAAAAGGGGAAGUAGAUCUCUUGUGCCUUGACCAGAAGAAUCAAAAUAACUCACCUUCUACUGAUGCUACCCCUACCACUCAGCAGCCCAGUGUUAUCCUAGCAAAGGAAAACAAACCAAGACCGCUUCUUACUAGUGGAACUGAGUCAACUCAUCAAGCUGCCCAUACUCAGCUGAGCAAUCCGAGUUCACUGGCAAACAUCGACUUUUAUGCCCAGGUAAGCGACAUUACUCCAGCAGGGAGUGUGGUCCUUUCCCCAGGCCAAAAGAAUAAGGCAGGGAUAUCCCCGUGUGACAUGCAUCCAGAAGCGGUCUCACUCUGCCAAGCAAACUUCAUCAUGGACAACGCCUACUUCUGCGAGGCAGACGCCAAAAAGUGCAUCGCUGUGGCCCCUCACGUCGAGGCUGAAUCACGUGUGGAGCCAAACUUUAACCAGGAAGACAUUUACAUCACCACAGAAAGCCUUACCACUACCGCUGGCCAGUCUGGGACAGCAGAACGGGCUCCGGGUUCUGAGAUGCCUGUCCCAGACUAUACCUCCAUUCACAUAGUACAGUCUCCGCAGGGCCUCGUGCUCAAUGCCACAGCCUUGCCCUUGCCUGACAAAGAGUUUCUCUCAUCGUGUGGCUACGUGAGCACAGACCAACUGAACAAAAUCAUGCCGUAGCCUUUCUUUGAUUUCCCACAAGCUACAUAUUGAAUGGUGAGGAGCUGGCUAGGGCAUGAGUGCUUACACCAAAACAAUGUUUAAACUUUUGGGGGGGAUGGGGGGAGCGGAUUCUAAAUGCCUUUUUCCUGAAGUGUUGAAAGAUAAUAUUAAAAAAGAAACAAGAACGCCUGAACAGAUAGAUAUUCCUAUUGUGAACUGUAAAUAUUUUAAAGAAUCGUCUCAAAGACUGUUUAGUGGCAGUGAUUGUCUUGUUAAUGUGGGUGUUAAUUUUGUGAUACUAAGCAUUGAAUGGCUGUCUCUAAUGUAUAGUAAAUCAAGCUUUUUGAAAAAGCAAAAAAUCAGGUGGCUUUUGCAGUUCAGGAAAAUCGAAUGCAAAUCAGAGCACAGGCCAAUGUUUUUUAGAUAAUCCGGAACUAAAAUUAUAGGUAAGAAGGCAAGAAAUAGUUUGGAUAUGUAAAACAUUUAUUUUGACAUAAAAUUUAUAAAGGUAUUUUUAAGAAUUUACACUACAAGCAUGGCUAUUUUAUAUUACACUACACGCUGUGUACCAUAGUUCAUGCAGACCCAUCUGGAGAAUGUAGCAACCGCACUCUAAAGCCGGUUUAAUGCUUUGGUCGGUCCACCUAAAGAAAAACAAAUAAGCAAGUUAGUUUUUUACGCGGCCCUUUUUGUACCUCCCAAAACUCCUUAAGCAAUUCUGAAAUGAUUGUUGUUACCUGCAUUAUUGGCACAUGCUUGUCUUAAUUUAAAUUUUUAAAGAAAUAUUUGUUAAUUGAGACAACUUUUAAGAUGUAUGCACAGGUCUACUCAUCGUGAACCAAACCAAAACAAACAAAAGACUCUUUCUUACCCAAAUUUCGGCUCAGGUCAGAGAGCUCCCUACUAAGAGAAGGAGAGGGUAUUAGCUGGUCCUUACUGACAGGCUGCUCAGGGGCUAUUGUUGCACACGGAGUGAGUGUUUAGGCAGGCAGAUCAUGAGCGAUGGCCCCAGAACCUUUGUAGUAGUAUCUCUUCUAACACAAUGUGAUUCUAUUGCACAGUGACCUAAGAAGGGAAUAAAGUACAAGAAGCAUUUUGUAAGUCGAAACAAAUUGAAAAUGAAGUUAACCAGAUAAUGGAACCAAAAGAUCAAGAAAUAUACCCACUAUUCAUUGUAACAAGAAACAGAAGAAACAAGAUUUCCAAUCCCCUCAGAUAAGUCAAAAUGUUCUUAACCCAAUGGGGAAACUUUCUUCCUCACUGAACUCUUCCUAGGGUUUAUUUAAAGUAGCAAAGAAGUGUCCUCAUUUUUUAUUUCCCCUCUGAGUGGAUUGGCCUCCAAGAGGGCAGUCAGAAGAGAAAGAAGCGUCCUGAAGUAAUGUUGAAAUUAUCUUUCAACAUCAUUCUUGGGAGCGUUGGGAUUAUUCCCCAAAAGGUUUGUCCAAAGAGAAGAAUCUCAUCUCACUGAAAAAUGCUUCUCACUUUAAGUUUUGGUUGGUUUUUUUUUUUUUUUUACAUUUAAUGAAACUUUAAAGUUAGCUUUAACUUAAAUAGUAUUUGCCAUUUAGCUCAGACCUUUUUAGGAAACAGGCUUAAUGGUUGGUGAUUUUAAAUUCCCUCUUUCUUGCGGGAAGGACAGUGAAAAGCUAGAACUGGGUGUUCCAAGUUCAACAUGUUACUUUGUAAUAGGUGUUUAAUAGAUCUUUUCUGCUACCUUGCUGCUAUAGUUUUCUCUAAGAGCUACAUAAUUUAGUUUCAUGUACAAUUUCAUCAGUGUAGAACCUAAUUCAACUUAAAACUGUGUGCUUGGGAAAACUAUCUUACUAUUUCACCAUAGGCUGACAACAAUUUCUAUAGCCAAAAAUAGCUAAAUACCUCAAUCAGUCUCAGAAUGUCAUUCUGGUACUUUGCUGGCCACACAAGCCAUUAUUCACUAGUAUGACUAGUUGUGUCCUGCAGUUUAUAUUUAACUCUCCUCAUGUCUGUGGAUUUUUUUCCUUCAAAGUUUAAUAAAUUUAUUUUCUUGGA